AUGAUUCCAGUUAUUUCUUUGGCAUCAAACAAAGCACCCAGCUCUUACAACCUGGAGACAGGGGUAAAAUACAAGCCUAAACGUUACCCCAGAAGAAACAAAGUCAACUCCUCGACAGCCCGGCUGUUCAGUAGGAAGCCCAGACACCAGGCAUGCCAGGACCCGUCGUCAGGACGCCACCUACGCAGAGGUCCAUCUUGCAACCGCCUAACCGUGGCUUGCUCGCCUCUCCGCUACAAACGCCGGGGAACGUUUUUUCUCGAGGAAACCGAGCCCGGAGGCAAGAGACGCCCCGGAGAAGGCCCCGACUCCCCGCAACACACAGCCAGCCUCGCAAAGAGCCGCUUUCGGCAUGAGGCGACCCCCUCCUGCGCCUCCGCGCCCCCCACCCGCCCCAAGGCCGGCCGCAGCACCGCACCCCCCCACCCCGGGGAACGCGGUGACCCCCGCGGCCGACCCACCCCCAGCCCCGCCGGCCGCUGCUCGCCCCCGGGAGGCGCCGGAGCGCCGCUGAGGCGGGUGCCCCUCCCCGCUUCCCCCGCGGCUCAGGCCGGCCCGGAGGGCCCCGGCCCUGCGGCGGCGCCGGAGGAGGGAAGUGCAGAGCGAGCCCGGCCCCGCGCAAAGCCCCCGCCAUCCCGUCCAGGCCCGGCCAUCGCUAGCACCCGUCGCCCCUUCCUCAGGCAGCGGCCCCGGGGAGGAGCGGGGGGGAAGUGGUGGAAGGAACGGGUGGGGCGCGGACGGUACCUGCCGCUCCCGCCGCCGCCGCCGCCUCACAGCGCCCGCAGGAGCCAAGCUGCGCCGCCGGCGCGCCCCGAGCGCGUCACUUCCGCCGCGCGCCCCGCACCGCCUCCCCCACCACCAUCUUGA